GCUCUGCAAGAACAUGUAACUUUCUGGUAAUCAAGAUGGAAACUUGGAAAAUAAUGAUCAUAGUUUGGGCAUUGGUUGCUGCUUUCUUCGUUGUUUUGGCUUGUCUUUGCAAUCGUUAUCGUUGGGUAGGCUUCGCCGGCGGUCGAAGCAGCAGUUUCGGUGGUGCUCAUCAUCAUCAUCAUGGCGCAGGCAUAGGUUUAGGUGGCGCUGAUUUUGGUGGAGCUGGAGGAGGUGCUGGUUUAGGUGGCGCUGAUUUUGGUGGAGCUGGAGGAGGUGCUGGUUUUGGUGGCUGUGACGGGGGCGGCGGCCACGCUGGUGGUGGUGGUGGUGGUGGUGGUGGUUUUGGAGGAGCAAGUGCAUGCUAAUCACUUGAAGUCUACUCAAGAUAGAAUCUUACUCUUUUGGAAAAAAAAAAAAAAUUUAAAAUUUAUUCCUUGUAAAAUUAUCGGCAAAUAGAGAAAAUUUAUUGAUUGUGUAUUCAGAAUUAAAA